UUUUCCUUUCAAGCUUUCAGCUACUUUAUAUUUCAAUCAGAAUUAUCUACUACCUAUAUAUUAACCAUAUCUUCGUUUUCCAAAGUAUAUAUAUAGGUACCGCACUCUCCCCAUCGCCACGUUUGUUUUUUGCAUGUUCCUUAAAACCAGAGCAUUGUACCAGAGAACAAGCAGAGAGAAAAAAAAAUCGAAGCCCUUUUAUUCUUCAAGAACAAGUCAAGCAAUGGUUUGAAGCAAACCCAUUUGGUCAUCUGCUAGAGAAGGGCUGAGAAAGAUCUGAGGAAAGAGGGUCUUGUUUUUUAUCGUUUGGUUUUGGUUUGGUAAUUGGUGCCGUCUGUUCUUUGUUUUGGAAGUUGUGGGUGUUGGAGGGUUGGUUUCUUUGCAAGUAUGGCCAUUCAAGCGCAGUUGUAUUCGGAGAAUCUUGGGUUUCCAUUGUGCGGCUCACAGGAUUGGGUCAUGGACAAUGGUUGUGGUGGUUUUGGUGGGUUCAAUCAAAUCUUUUCCAAUCCCCAACAGAAACAGCAAUUACAACGACAACACGUGCAGCAGCUACAAAAUCAGCAACAGAGGAAUCAGAACCUGUUUUUUGAGAACAGUUCUCAAACUUCUACCUUGGAAGACAACACCAAUGCCAUCGGCAACAAUAGUCAUCUACCAAUGCUGUAUUCUCAAAGCAUAGCUUCUCACUUUGAGGGACAGAGGCAAGAGAUAGAUCAAUAUAUCAGAGCACAGAAUGAGAGAUUGAGAUCAGUAUUGCAAGAGCAGAGAAAGCAACAACUUGCAGGACUGUUGAAGAAAAUCGAAUCAAAAUCAUAUAUUUUGCUAAAACAGAAGGAUGAGGAAAUUGCACGAGCGGCUAAUAGAACAAUGGAGCUUGAAGAUUUAUUGAGAAGAUUGGAGUCGGAGAACCAAGCAUGGCAGAGAGUGGCCCAAGAAAACGAAGCCAUGGUUGCAUCUCUUAAUAACACUCUAGAACAGGUUUUGGAAAGAGUCCCUUGUGGAUUCAACAAUGGAGCAGAAGAUGCGGAGUCUUGCUGUGGUGAAAGUAUAGAGCAAGAAGAAGCAGCACAUCAAAACAGAGAGGCAUGGUUUGAGGAUGAACCGAGAACGAGAAUGGUGUGCAAAGGCUGUAACUUUGGGAGUUCGUGCGUGCUGUUCCUUCCUUGCAGGCACCUUUGUUCAUGCAAAGCUUGUGAGGCUCUUCUCGAUUCUUGCCCCGUCUGCAGAACGGCAAAGAAGGCUAGCAUAGAGGCUUUGAUUUCCUAGGCAAAAUUCCCGAGAAAAGUAAAAAAGAAAGGAAAAACUCAUCGACCUAUGCUUGGGUUGGUUCAGUGGACGAUGAAUGAACAGUACCAACUUAGACGCAUGCACUGUUUUUAGUUUUUUAACUUUUUAUUUUUACUCUUUUAGGGUAUCUGUUUUUCAGAUUUAAGUUGUACCUUAAACAACCAAAAAUCAACUGAACGGAUAGUACAGAGCAUCUUUUCCUUUCCUGGA